AUGGCACCCCCAUUACUUGCGGUACGGCAGUUUACAUUUCGUCAUGAAUUGCCAUGCACGGAGGACCAAGUUGGCACCGGGAACUGUGAGGCCAAUAAAAAUUUAGAAGCCACGACGGCGAUUCCGAUUGCACGUGUCACUGUGCAGGUGUUGUCAUUCAACCGCCGCUGCUUUUGGGUGCACCUCUCGGAGUCACGGGAGAGCAGCGAUGCGCCGCCACCGCCGUUUGGUCCAUGUGCGGUUGCCUUUGAUGGGGUGGCGGCGGAUGCCACUUCCUCCAUUCUCAUCGAUGAUGCCCCGCUGGCCGUACACGAUCAAGAUGGAGAGUCCGGGGCAGGGGCACCAAAUCCGCAUGUGGCUCUUGCACAAAGUCUUUCCCAGCGUCUUGCACAUCGCCUGAAGAAGGAGUGUGCAUCACCGGGUGUUGCCGUCUACGUCGCAUGCGGAUUUGCUGGGGAAAAGGUGGAACUGUGGGGUACACCCGCGGGGUCUUCCUUUGAUGUCACGAUGCGGUUUGGUGCCGCACUCUUUUCUUGUGUGUUGGAACUUAUCCGUGAGGAGGUUUUGUCCAAAUCAAAGGCAUAA